CACACUGGCUCAGGAACGGAGCAUGGGCAGCACUGGCGGCGAAUAUCGCUGGUAUUUCAGACUGCGGCGAAUUCGCCCAUUUGAAAAAAAACAUGGCUGGAAGAGGUGGUUAUGAACACGCUAGAGGCGGAUUCGGUGGCGACCGGCAGGCAAAGCAGCUGCCACAGGAACCGCCCUUUGUCGCAUUCGUCGGCAACCUGCCGCAGGGCCUGGUGCAGGGCGAUGUGAUCAAAAUAUUCCAAGACUUUGAGGUGAAGAACGUGCGGCUGGUCAAGGAUCGGGAAACGGAUCAGUUCAAAGGAUUUUGCUAUGUGGAAUUCGAGACGUUGGACAAUCUGGAGCGGGCGCUAGAGUGCGACGGACGGAUCAAGCUGGACGAUCUAUCGGCGCCACUGCGCAUUGAUAUUGCCGAUGGUCGGAAAAAUAAUCGCCCUGGUGGCGGUAUCGGCGGCGGCAAUGGUGGCGGAGGCAUGAGCCGCGACGGCGGCCGAGACGGUUUCCAGAAGCGCGGCCCGCCCCGCCAAGGGGGCAGCAGUCAGUCCUACAGCAGGGGCGGUCCUGGGACUGGCGGCGGCAACGGCGGCGGUCGCGAAGGCGGCGGCGGAUCGGGUAAUCGCGGCGAUAGUAGAGGUUCGUACAAUGAUAGUUAUGGUGGUCACAAUGAUAGAAGUCGCGGCAGCGGCGGCGGCAGCGGCGCGGGCUCCGGCGGUGGCAUGAAUAGAGGAUACAAUGAUCGGCCGGCGAAUCGGGGUCGGUACGGCAACUUUAACAACGACGAUCGGUUCGAGCGCAAUCAGGAUCGAGACCGUGGCCAGCGGGAGGGCAGCUAUGGCAACCAGUCCCGGGACGGCGAUCGUUACAACAACUUCAGCCGGCAUCGUGACCGCGAGCGUACCCAUUACAAUCCCAACCAGCAGAGUGAACGUCCCAGCGGCGGCUUAGGCGGUGGCAGUGGAGGAGGUGGCGGCGGCGGUGGUGGCUCCUCGAUGGGCGCCAUUGACGACAACGAACGGCCACGCCUGCAGCUGAAGCCACGGACCAUUGCCGCGCCGAUUAAUGCGGUAGCCGAGACUAAGCAAUCGGCCUCCAUCUUUGGCAAUGCCAAGCCACGCGAGGAGAAGUUGAAAGAGCUGCAGCAGAAUGGCGAUAACUAGAGGUAGCAGGAGGCGGCGGUUCGCAAUAUAAUAUGCCUGAUAUGAUAUUUUGGUGUGCGAGAAGAGGAGGAGGAGGAGUGGAGAUGGAGAUGGAGAUUGAGAUGGAGAUGAAGGAGCAUCAGCAGGAUGCAUAUAUAAACACAUACAUUAAUUUACGCUACAUACCUAUUAUAUACGAAAGAUAUGUACUACAUAACAAGCAAGAGCGAAGAUGAAACUACAGACAGGCUGGCCUCUGUGUCCUCUGUGUGUCAGUGUCCAGUGUCAGUUAGCAAGCCAACUUAACAGAAGUAGUAGCAGCAGCAGCAGCAAAAGCUAAAGCUAAAGCAAACCGGCAACCCAGCAACCUUUCUUACUUGCAACAACAUCAAGAAACAACAACAGCAUCCAGAUACAACAAACGGAAGGUCUAUAAAUGUUAGUCUUUAAGCAGCGAUAAACUUUAGUCCCGUGCAUAUGGCCUAUAUAUAUGUAUAUAUAUAUAUAUUCAUACAUAUAUAUAUAUAUAUAUAUAUAUAUAUAUAUUCAUAUAUAUAUAUAUACACCAACAAAACAAAAACAAAAGCUCUACCAUUAAGGCAUAAAUAGUAAACGAAAAACAAAAAAAAAAGUGAAAGCUAAACUAAAAAACUAGAAAAACAAAGCAAAAAACUCGAAAAAACAAAGCAAAAAUCGAAAACAAAAAUACUUUUUUGACAAAACGUUCAGCGUAGCAGAAGAAGGAAGGAAGGCAGGCAAUUUAUACAGUUUAUAUAGCAAAAAAACAACAAAAACAAAAAAAAAAAACCAAAAAAGAACUAAUAACGAAACCAAUUAUUGAACAUAUAUAGCAUAACACCAGCAACAACAACACCAACAACAAAUAAUAACAACAACAACAACAGAGAUCUAGAAACAAACAAAAACGCAGAACACCAACUACUACGUACGUAAAGAAAAAAAAGAGGAAACAAAACAAAAAGAUGCAAAGCGAAGAAGUCGUAAUGGUUGAAGUUUAAUAUUAGCAACAACAACAGCAACUUAUAUAUUUACAAAUGAGAGACGCAACCACACACAUACAUAGAUCUAUAUGUAAUUGAAGAGCCAGAGUCUAAGUCGCAAAACCAUUUUAGUUGUACGAUUAUAAUUCUUUCUAUUAUGCACAUUUUUCUUAAGUUUAACCUGCAAUACUGGCACCUAUUCGCGUGUACUGUAUACUUUCCCGUCUCUUUUUUAAUAUUAAAUAUUAAUUUCUUAUCACUCGUACAGACACACCCACACUAACACACACACACACACAACGGACUUCUUUGUAGAUAACAAGUGUAUAAAUUUAAUUGUUGUUGUUUGUUUCGAUUUUUCUUUGCAUUCAGUACGUAACGUAAGAGCGAAAAGAGAAAGCGUUUUUUCCCCCUAUCUUUACCUUUUUACUUUUUUAUUGUUUUUCCAAAAGUUAUAUAUCUAUACGAUUUUUUUUGUAACCCUAUUUUUUUAUUUGUAUCUUGCAAGAGCUGAAAGAAAAACGCGAAAGUUGUAAAUUAAUUUGAAAAUAAAGCAAAAACAUUUACAUAAGAAACAAAA